AUGAGAUUCUUCAUCAUCCUUCUCUUGGCUCUUUUGGCUGUCAGUGCUCUUGGUAAGUUCAAUUUAACAUUAAAAAAUAUCUGAAGAUGACUAUUUUAAACCUUAUUUUGUUUUUUGAAUACUGUCAUGCACACCAUAACCCUUUAGGAGCCGCUCACCACGGUAAAAAGCCUGUUCACAAGAAGCCGGCCCACCACCCUCCAGCCCACAAAGCUCCAGCUCACAAAGCCCUAGCCAAAGCCGGUACCAAAGCUCCAUUUGGAACUGGUGCCACUUCAGCUGCCAAGACUACUGGUGCUGCUGCGGCCGCUACUACCGCCAAGGCUUCUUAA